GUUAAAAAUUGUUUACAGUUACCUUUGCAGAAGAUCCGCGCAAAAAUAAUCACAACAGCGAUAGUUUUUCGUAAAUUUUGCAAAGUUUUCCACUUUUUCGUUCAUUUAGUUCAGUCCCUCAGUUGUGGGAAGCGACUAGCCGCACGUACAGCCAUCGGUCAUACAUAUUUGUGUGAUCGCCAGUGAAAAACUCCCCGCCGAAAAAAAAAAACAGUUCGCUUCCCCCUUCGCUGCUGCCGCUGAGCUAUGAGCAACGCUGUUAUGAUGGAUUACGAGUUCAAAAUGAAGACUCAGCAGGAACGGGCCAAGGUGGAGGAUUUGUUCGAGUACGAAGGCUGCAAGGUGGGCCGGGGAACGUACGGUCACGUCUACAAGGCGCACCGCAAGGAAAGCAACGACACCAAGGACUACGCGUUGAAGCAGAUCGAGGGGACGGGACUGUCAAUGUCGGCUUGUCGGGAGAUUGCGUUACUGCGAGAGCUGAAGCAUCCCAACGUGAUCAACCUGAUUAGGGUGUUCCUAUCGCAUACGGAUCGGAAGGUGUGGCUACUGUUCGAUUACGCCGAGCAUGAUCUGUGGCACAUUAUAAAAUUUCAUCGGGCGGCAAAGGCUACCAAAAAGCCAGUUAUGGUACCGAAAGGAAUGGUCAAAAGUUUGCUCUAUCAGAUAUUGGAUGGCAUUCAUUAUUUGCACAGCAAUUGGGUUUUACAUAGAGAUCUGAAACCUGCCAAUAUUCUAGUGAUGGGAGAAGGAAACGAGCGAGGUCGUGUCAAAAUCGCUGACAUGGGCUUUGCUCGGUUAUUCAACGCUCCGCUGAAGCCACUGGCAGAUCUUGACCCUGUCGUGGUAACGUUCUGGUAUCGUGCACCGGAGCUGCUUCUCGGAGCUCGGCAUUACACAAAAGCAAUCGAUAUCUGGGCCAUCGGGUGCAUCUUUGCGGAAUUGCUGACCUCGGAACCGAUAUUCCACUGCCGACAGGAAGAUAUUAAAACGAGUAAUCCGUAUCAUCAUGACCAGCUCGAUAGGAUCUUCAAUGUGAUGGGCUUCCCUCAGGACAAGGAUUGGGAAGAUAUCCGAAAAAUGCCCGAACACCACACUCUGACUAAGGACUUCAAGCGUUCUAAUUACGCCAACUGUUCACUGGUGAAGUACAUGGAGCGUCAUAAGAUUAAGCCAGAUAGCAAGGCAUUCCACUUGCUGCAGAAACUUCUACUGAUGGACCCAAAUAAGCGCAUCACUUCGGAGCAGGCCAUGCAGGACCCCUACUUUUCGGAGGAUCCCAUGCCAACGGCGGACGUCUUCGCAGGAUGCCCAAUCCCCUAUCCGAAACGCGAAUUCUUGACUGACGAGGAUCAGGACGACAAGGGCGAAAGCAAACGACAGCAACAACAGCAGCAGCAGCAACAGCAAGCAAAUCAACAAGCUCAGCAAAAUCAGCAACAACAGGCAAAUCAUCAGAACCAGCAGCAAAAUCAACAACAGCAAGCAAACCAACAAAACCAGCAAUCCCAACAGCAGCAACAACAACAACAGCAGAUGCAACAGCAGCAGCAACAACAGGCUCAGUCCAGUGGUAUGGAUCACAGUGCCGCCAAACGGGUACGAAUGUCUGGCCCGAACGGUCAGCCGGGCAACGGUAUGAACCAGCAGGACUACCAAGUUCAGCAGGCUCAGCAAGCUGCAGCAGCUGCUGCCGCUGCUCAACAGCAGCAGCAGCAGCAACAACAACAGCAGCAGCAGCAAAUGAUGUUCAACAAUCCCCAGCAGGGUGGAUUCCAGCAGCGGUAUUGAGUCUCGUUGUGUGUCGUAUAUUAGAAUAAUCUAGGUAAGUCAACGUGUAUUUGCAACUAAUAAUGAGCAUAAUCCAUACAAACAACUAUGCAGAAUGUAAAGUAGUUCACUUAGAAAAAUAUUGGGAACCCUCCUAGCUGAUUUCCGUUUUGAUAAGUUGGUAGGAUGGAUUAAACGCCACUCCCGAACGAGACCAUCUGUUAAGUGCAGGAUUGUCCGACCGUUGAAACCUAUCAGAGAAUUAAGGUUCCGUUUUUCUUUUCUGGUUCGCAUGCAAAAGGGCCUGGGCCUGCCACUAAGUGACGACAAUGAUGGGUGUUAUA